AUGAGUCUCAAUCAAGUUGAAGAUACAGAGGAGGUUGAGGCUUCUGGCCUUCUUCCUCAUUACCCCGGGGAUGACCCGCGACCGACAAGCAAGCGCGAGCUUGCAGGAUGGUAUUGUUAUGGCUGGGCGGCCGAGGUCUUUACCGUGUGUGCCAUGGGAUCAUUCCUCCCGAUUACGCUCGAACAGCUUGCGCGGGAUCGCGGCGUUCUUCUGUCAGACAGAACUACACCAUGCACCCCGACAUGGAAAUCUGAAACGGACCUGAUCACCCACGGUGAUGGAUAUCACAUCCAACGACCCGAUGCUGGGCAGUGUAUCAUCAAUAUCUUAGGGGCCGAGAUUAAUACAGCAAGCUUUGCCAUGUAUACCUUUUCGCUCAGUGUCUUCGUCCAAGCGAUUCUCAUCAUCUCCAUGUCGGGGGCUGCCGACCACGGAAGCUAUCGCAAACAAUUACUGGUCGCUUUUGCAUUCAUCGGUGCUUCUGCUACGAUGCUAUUCCUCGCCGUGAUACCCCGCAUAUACCUGAUAGGCGCACUUCUUGCGAUCGUCGCCAACACUUGCUUUGGUGCUUCUUUUGUCCUUCUCAAUUCAUAUCUACCGGUCCUUGUUCGUCACCAUCCCGCUGUGCUGGAGAAGAGUCAGGCCGUGUCCGACGCCCUUGAUGCCGCUAGACACUGGGCGCACAAUUCUGGCGUGAUCGAGGGUGAUGUGCUCCGGCCGCCUGACGCCACCACACCACUCCUGCCUCCUGAUGGCUCGGCGGAAUUGCAGGACCCGCUGGAUGUGAUGACUUCGAUGGAGCUUCGCGUGUCCACCAAGAUCUCGUCGUAUGGAAUUGGCAUAGGAUAUGUUGGCGCAGUGAUCUUACAGAUGGUUGCCAUCAUGGUAGUUGUAGUCUUUCACCAAACCACAUUCUCCUUGCGGCUGGUGCUAUUCUUGAUUGGACUCUGGUGGAUGAUUUUCACCAUCCCCGCGAACUUGUGGCUUCGCACUCGCCCGGGUCCCCCAUUGCUUGCCAAUGAUGGGAAGCCAUUGGACUCUUGGGGCGCUUAUCUUCGAUACUCAUGGAAGUCCCUCGCGAAGACCGCCCUGCGAGCCCGCCGUUUGAAGGAUAUUCUCAUCUUUCUGUCGGCCUGGUUCUUGCUCAGUGACGGCAUUGCCACUGUCAGCGGGACGGCGGUUCUGUUCGCCAAAACCGAGCUGGAUAUGAAACCUGCCGCGCUUGGGUUGAUCAAUGUGAUUGUCAUGGUGGCGGGGGUCUUUGGUGCUUUCUCCUGGAGCUUCGUGUCGGGGUUUCUGGGACUUCGCACUUCACAGACUAUCGUUGCUUGCAUCAUCCUCUUUGAAUUGAUCCCGCUGUAUGGAAUCGUUGGAUUUAUUCCUGCGGUCAAACAAGCGGGCAUCGGUCUUCAACAGCCCUGGGAGAUGUAUCUGCUCGGGGCCGUGUAUGGUUUGGUGAUAGGCGGCCUGUCGUCCUACUGCCGCAGCUUCUUCGCCGAGCUGAUCCCCCCGGGAUACGAGGCUGCCUUCUACGCAUUGUAUGCGAUCACCGACAAAGGAUCAAGCAUUUUUGGUCCGGUCAUUGUCGGGUUGAUCACCGAUCGCUAUGGUCAGAUUCGACCCGCGUUCGUCUUUCUAGCCGUUCUCAUCUUUCUGCCACUGCCUCUCAUGCUUCUCGUUGAUGUUGACCGUGGCAAGCGAGAUGCUCUGGAGCUUGGUGCGGAGCUGGACCAUCUGACCGAGGCCCCGGUCUACGGUGAGACUGAGCCUGUCGCGCCUCUGUAA